UCGUUAGCGCACGGGUGCAAGAUUCUUGAAAGCAUUGCAGAUUGCAGAUACCAGUGGCAGUGGAUUAUACAUUUUUGUAAGGAAAGUGCGGUUUUCUAUCAGAUCUCGUUGCAGUUACGCAUCUCCGUGCUUAUCUGUCGUACAAUAUUCCCGCAAAAAAGAAGCACAGUAUUUUUCAAAUUGGUGUUGAUUAAAUUCGUCCUCUACUUAUCGUUUUGCACAAUUUAUCCUUAUGUUCAUCGAUUAGUAUAACCUUCUGAUCGCUUGCGUUUUCGUUCGCUUGUGCACUCGACAUUGCGGCCCGUGAAAAAAAAACUUCUCUUGUCAAAGUUAAACUCCAUCGACGUUUUAUCAUCGACGGCUUCACUCGGGCCUUUGUCAUUUUCGAAAUUAUGCUUGAACGAAGUUCGGAAAGGAAUGGCACGAGCCGGAACAUAGGUUAAAUGUCGUUGUACAAUCCAACAGAAAACACAAGUUGAUUUAAUACGCGAUGGAUGUAGAGAAGAUUGCAAUGUUUGCCGGUGUGGGCUUUGCUAUCGUCGUUGGCCUCUUUGUUUUAUGGGGACCAUCGCCCAAACCUAGAAAAAAAGGUCAAAUUGUUGGGAUCAACAAUUUAGGAUAUACGUGUUUUCUAAAUUCCCUUUUGCAAGCACUGGCUGCUUGUCCUACAUUUAUUCUCUGGCUUCAAAGACAGCAGGAGAAGAAAGGCAGAAGCUUUGCUGAUACAUUGCUUUCUGUUGCCAAGAAGAUUAAUGGUUUUACGGACGAUUUAUAUGGGAAUGUGACACCCCUCGAAAUCAUUUCUUCUAUUGGUUCAUUAUGGAAUUUUGGGCCUGGUCAUCAAGACGCUCAUGAACUAUUUCAUGUGGUUCUCAGUGCACUGGAUGCUGAAAUGCAGCCUGUAAAGAAAGGUUGUUUGUCCGAUGCAUUGCUGCCCAGCCCAACAAUUGAACCGGACAUGAGAGCCGCUGGCGAUGCAUUAAGCCUCAGAAGCGCAUCCUGCAACGAUAUCGCCUCAGCGAAUAAUCAUUCUGACGCUCCAAAGGGCUUCGAUAAGAAUUGCAAUAAUCAAAUAAUGACUUCGACCUCGUCCAUAUCCACUAUGUCUCCGAGUUCAUGCAGGCCUGGUAUGAUUCUCGCUAGAUCCUCGGAGCUGUUGUCACGAAGUGUUCACAAUAACGGCGAUUGCAAGGAUCUUUUCAGAUCAUGGAAAUCUCUGUGCACCAUGUCGUUUAUCAAUAUGCCGGCAUCGGUGGAAACGCAUCCGUUUUCGGGUCUGAUUACCAGUCAAGUCCAGUGCGAUGGUUGCCUUUGGAAGUCUUCAGUACGCUACGACAAACUAGAGACUCUAUCGUUGCCAUUGCCACCGCUCAACUCAUUUGUAUCACAGCAUUACACGCUAGAGUGGCUGCUGUCGCGUUUUGUAGCCAGUGAAACGGUGUACGACGUGCAAUGCGAUGGGUGCUCAUCGCGUUGCGCUGCCGUUAAAACUCUUACCCUCGGUAAACUACCCAAGUGCUUGUGCUUGCACAUCCCAAGGACCACGUGGAGCUCGUCAGGCGUGCCAAUUAAGAGGGAAGAUCAAAUUACAUUUCCCGAAAUUCUAGUGUUAGAUCCUUACACCUAUACAGAAACGAAGAAGAGAAACGCGCAGAGUGACGCAAGAUCUCUCGACAGCGGUCUAAUGAUGAUACAGGGUAAACACAAAUAUCGGCUGUGCGCGGUGAUCGAGCAUCGUGGCCCAGUGGAUUCCGGUCACUUUGUUUGCUUCAGACGCGAAAAAGCGGAUCAAUGGUUGUACACGUCCGAUAUCAUAGUUGAAAGCGUGUCUCUGACGCAGGUUCUUCUCUCUAGCCCUUAUUUGCUUUUUUACGAGCGCAUUAACAGCGUAUAUCCUAGCUAGGAACAAAUUUUCAAGGUAAUAGGCAAUCAAUAAUAAUUACGAAAUUACGUGUUGAUUGUAAUAAGUUCGCUCUUUUUAGCCGUAUUUUCGUACGCUUUAGACGUUUUAAAAAUAACGACUAAAAAAUGAGAAAAGGAAUUAAAAAUUCUAUAUAUAGCAAUUUAAAAUUCUACAUAUAGCAAUUUGAAAUUCUAUUUACAGGAAUUGUAAAUGAGUGUAAAAAAAUGCAGCUAAAAAGGAUGGACAUGUUUGGCGAAAUACAAGAGACUGUCGAAUUUUCCAUAAUCAGUUUAGCUGGAUAUUGCGAUAUAAUUGCGAUAUUUCGUCAUAGUCUGUGACUAUAGAAUGUAUACCUAGGUGAUAUUUUAUAGCAGCGGCGAAUAUAUCGAAUAUAUAUAUAUAUAAUCCGAAAUUUAAUUCACUAGCGACGAAUGCGAUAAUAAUUGCCAUUAUUAGGUGCUGACGAAACUGGCGGAGUAGUUAGUUUCGAGAAACCUCUCGCUUCUGACAUAGUGCUAGAUUUCUACCAGAAAAGACUGUCAAUUCUUAUCGUUUGAUCAAUUCGUCGUCAUUAAACUUUAUUUUAAUGAGGACUGUGCCAAAAAAAUUCGACAUUUAUUGAAAAAUGAAUGGACGAAAUGUCUUGUAUUUUUUUAUUACGUUUAUAUUCGAAGCUCUGUGAGCUUUUACAUUAUGUGCAAUUAUUAGGAAUAGUAUUGUAGUUAAAAAGACUGCGAAUUUAUUACUUUUUGUAUAUAUACUAAAGAAUUAUUUUUCCUUCUGGUUAGCAUACAGAAACAUGCAAAUUGCCAGAGUAAAUUUACUUUAAGAACAUUAGAUAUUGUAGUGUAUGUAAUUUAAAAUUUCACGGAAAAUAUACGUCAUCCGAAAAUAUUAUA